AAUGGGGGUGGUUGUUGUGCCGAAUUAGAGUAUCGAGCGCGCAGGUGCCAUAUAAGGUGGCGGCCGUUCUCACGCAAACACGAUGCAACGCGCCGACCUAAGGCGGCUCGACGUUGUUCUCCUCCGCUCUCCCUCUCGCAUACCCAACUGCCCUCUGCAGCGCUCCUUCUGAUGGCAACGCCCCCUUCGACGGACGAUCCAGGUUCUACAGGCGCUAAGGGAAAGCAACUGGGAGGAGAGCCAGCCAGUUCGCAGCCUGCAGAGGGAACUCCACCACAAAACACUGUUACGACCCAUGCUCAUGACCAAAACCAGCCCGGGGUGGCCGCCCCCGCGGCCGCUAAUGGCGCCGCUGGAGGCCCAGCAGAACACCCCACCACCGAAGGUGCUACUGGCCCGGGCCAGGCCUCCGCCAUGCUGGCACCACCGCACGCGCCGACGCCCUCCCAGUCCUCUCAGCCGACGACGAGCCGCUCUGGCACGGAUGCUGCCGACGGACAUAAGGAUCCGGAGAAGGAUAAGGGCUCGCUGGAUACCACGCUCAACACACGCACGCACUCCAUCCGGCGCAAGGACGCUAAGUCUGCCUCUGACGGUACACACACGAUGUCCACGACCGCAGAUCAGCCUGACUCCCCGCGCUCGAAGGCGAGGAGGGCGAGGCAGUCGCUCUUCGUCAAGCUCUUCCACGUCCUCGUGCCCUGCGUCGGGCCCUCCCAGCGAACUCGCCUCCAGGACGAGCUCUACCCCUCCACGCAGCAGCCAAAAUCGACCGCCAGCACCUCCGCACUCAAGGAGAAGCAGGCGGCCAAGGAGGCGGAGGAGCUUCCGCCCCCGCCACAAAUUACGGGAGAAGCUACACCGGGUGCUGCCCCCGAGCAGCCUGUGCACCCUCCUCAGCCUGACGUGUUCAGUGCCCAUGAGUCUACCCCGACGCUGCAGCCGCUCACAAUACCAACGCAGUCUGAGCUGCAGGCAGACCCGGAGGUGAUUAUCCCGCCGACGCCGACCAAGUCUCUCUUGCCGCCCGACGAGACAGAAGGGAUGACUUCGGGCGCCGUGCAGCCGCCAGGGUCGACAGGGGAUGAAAGCCCGCACGACCUGGUGCACGCCCAGGGCCGGGAGUCUGGCACCGAGAGCGACGGCUCAACAAGCUUUACGGAAGACGAGGAUUUGGAGGACCAGGGACCGUUGGAUGAUAUUGAGGAUGAGGAGGAGCGACUAAUAAUGAACGGGGGAGCGGGCAUCCCAAUUGGCCCAGAUGGAGUUCCAAGACCGUUGCUGCCUCCCAUACUUCCGAAACAUCAAGGACGCAAAUGUCUCGUUUUGGAUCUGGACGAGACAUUAGUACACAGUAGUUUCAAGUCGAUACAGCAGGCAGACUACGUCGUGCCCGUCGAGAUUGAGUAUCACUGGCACAAUGUGUACGUCAUCAAGCGUCCUGGUGUGGAUAACUUCCUCAAGAAGAUGGGCGAGAUCUACGAAGUUGUUGUCUUCACCGCUAGUCUGAGCAAGUAUGCCGACCCCGUUCUUGACAAAUUGGACAUCCAUCGCGUUGUGACGCACCGACUGUUCCGCGAGAGUUGCUACAACCACCGCGGUAACUAUGUGAAGGAUCUGUCACAGCUCGGUCGCCCAAUUGCUGACACAAUCAUCAUCGACAAUUCUCCCGCGUCGUACAUCUUCCACCCGAACAACGCUGUGCCCGUCUCAUCGUGGUUCAACGACCCGCACGACACCGAGCUGACGGACCUGUGUCCCUUCUUGGCGGACCUCGGGCAGGUGGACGACGUGCGGGGCGUGCUGGACGGUGGUCUAUAGCGAUGGCUGCGUGCGCGGUCUGUAAGUAGCUGAAUGGACUGUGGAUGUGUGUCAUUAUCGCUAUCUGUCCGGGCGGCCCGCCUGUUCUAAUUAUCUGACCAUACGCCAGCACGCUCGCGCCGUGGCGCGUGCUCUACCCCUCUUGAAAUGCUCGCUCGGACUUUCGCUCGCUCCUCGGACUGCCUGCACACUGCACCCACCCCACCCAUUAAUUACUACAGUCAUUGCACUUUUCUAUUGCCUGAUUCUCUCUGCCUCUCAUGAUAUAUACGCACAUUCAAUUCACCGUCGCUCUAUACCCUGCAAGAUGCUAUGUGCUAUGACCGCUUUUUGCUGAAUACAGUUGGCUAUGACCCAUGUGGCUAUUCAACGACGCCCGCUGUUCUGUUCGCGAUCGCGA